UGAGUCUUGGGUCUUCAGGGUCAAACGCGUUUAAAGAUUGGGGUCCAACUAGAGAGAAAUGGGAUUAGUCGCAUGGGGUCCGUAGGGAAGGGAUGUAACCUCUGCAGCUGGAUGGAACCGAGACAUUCAUGUUGACCGUGGUGAUUGUUGACGGGAUCCUAUCUCGCUGGACUGAGCAGCCGUCAGUGGUCGGUGGGAGAUGCUAAUCUCCCAGACCCGAAGGUGGUAACGUCCCAAGAUGGCCAUUGUUUACGUAGUUUCCCCGUCCCACCGCGACGAGUCCCAGGCCCCAUAGCAUUCUCGCUGCAUUCCAAGUGAUCAGCGAUGCGAUCGGCAUGCCUGAAACAUUCAUAAAUAAACCCAUUCCUCCUCCUUCGUGGGCUUUACUCUCUUUCACCCACUUCACCUUCCUUGAAAAACCUCGUCCACCAUGAAGUGCGCCACCGUCCUUGGUGCGCUAGGGCUCCUCGUCUCGGGUGCCUCUGCCGUCAAGGUGAAUCCACUUCCCGCUCCCCGCAACAUCACUUGGGGCUCCUCCGGUCCGAUCCCAGUCCAAAAGGUCAACCUGCGCACCUCCGAUAGUCACGGCCAUAACAACGCCCUCGUACAAAACGCCUGGGACCGCACCUGGUCGGCCAUUGUCGAUCUCCAAUGGGUGCCCGCCGCCACUGAAGCUCCCAUCCCGACCUUCGAGCCCUUCCCGACCGGCUCGGCCAAGACCAAGCGCGACUCCACCGCGACUGCGAUCCGUUCCGUUCAGCUCUCCGUGGCCGAUGGAGAUGCCGAUCUACAGCAUGGUGUGGACGAAUCCUAUACCCUGGAGGUGACCGCCUCGUCCGGCAGUGUCAAGAUCACUUCCCAGACCGUCUGGGGCGCAAUUCACGCGUUUACCACUCUGCAACAGUUGAUCAUCUCCGAUGGUAAGGGCAACCUCAUCAUCGAGCAGCCCGUCAAGAUCCAGGAUGCUCCGUUAUAUCCUCACCGUGGUGUCAUGAUCGAUACGGGUCGCAACUUUAUCACCGUUCCCAAGAUCCUCGAGCAGAUUGACGGCCUGGCUCUCUCCAAGCUCAACGUCCUCCACUGGCACUUGGACGAUACCCAAUCCUGGCCCAUGCAGAUUCGAUCCUACCCGGAGAUGACCAAGGAUGCCUACUCGAGCCGCGAGAUCUAUACCGAGGCGGAUAUGCGCCGGAUCAUUGCCUACGCUCGUGCCCGUGGCGUUCGCGUCAUUCCCGAGGUCGAUAUGCCCGGUCAUUCGUCCUCGGGCUGGAAGCAGGUCGACCCGAAUGUCGUGACUUGCAUCAACUCCUGGUGGUCCAACGAUGACUGGCCCAAGCAUACCGCUGUCGAGCCGAACCCGGGUCAAUUGGAUGUCAUCUAUAACAAGACCUACGAGGUGGUGGGCAACGUAUACAAGGACCUGUCGGCUAUCUUCACAGAUAACUGGUUCCACGUUGGCGGUGAUGAGCUUCAGUCCAACUGCUUCAAUUUCAGCUCGUAUAUCAACGAGUGGUUCGCCGAGGACCCCUCGCGCACGUACAACGACCUCUCGCAAUACUGGCUCGACCACGCCCUGCCCAUCUUCCGUGGAACCGGUGGUCCGAAGCGUCGUCUGAUGAUGUGGGAGGACAUCUUCAUCAACACCGACGCCGCGCACCACGUCCCCAAGGAUAUCGUCCUGCAGUCCUGGAACAAUGGUCUCACCAACAUCAAGAACCUGACCGCCAGCGGCUACGACGUGAUCGUCUCCUCCUCCGACUUCCUCUACCUCGACUGCGGAUUCGCCGGCUUCGUGACCAACGAUCCCCGUUACGACGUGAUGACCAACCCCGGCGGAGACGUGACCUUCAACUUUGGCGGCAACGGUGGCUCCUGGUGCGCCCCAUACAAGUCCUGGCAACGCAUCUACGACUUUGACUUCACCGCCAACCUCACCGCGUCAGAGGCCAAGCACGUCCUCGGCGCCGAGGCUCCCCUCUGGUCCGAGCAGGUCGACGAUGUCACCAUCUCCAGCAAAAUGUGGCCACGCGCUGCGGCACUUGGUGAGCUGCUGUGGUCUGGAAAUCGUGACGCAUCGGGUCAAAAGCGUACUACCCAGCUUACCCAGCGCCUGCUUAAUUUCCGGGAGUACCUCGUCGCGAAUGGUGUCAUGGCUACUAACUUGGUACCAAAGUAUUGUCUGCAGCAUCCGCAUGCGUGCGAUUUAUACUAUAACCAGACGGCAGUCUCUCCUUAGACCUUUGCUCUACUUGAUCUGGCUCUGGUGGGCCUGGCUGUUACCUUAUCGGUCCUUUGGCUUCAUUGGCUUACUUUCAACUUGGGAUUUUGGAUCUCACCCUUUUCCCUGGAAUUUGGAUUCCGUCGCGGGAUACAGCGAUUGGGAAAUGUACAUACCACCCCCCCCCAAUUCCCUUCCGUAUGCAUUGAUGCAUUAUAAGGCGAUCGUCACUUUUUAUUCCUUACUUUAUUUUGGCCUUUUUCUUUACUUGCGAUACCCAAUAUUAUUACCUCGCUCGGGUACAUCUUUCUUAUGACGUCGCAUCCUGAUAUUCCUCAUCUCUUUUCCC